AGGUGCAUUUGCGCCAUCACCUGUUGGGAAACUACUCCUAAACCUGAUCUUUUAAGUCGAAGUGCGCUACCAUCGCACGGUGCAACCCAUCUGUCUGCCGGAAACACAGCAGGCCGGCUGGGAGUUCAGGCAGCACGCUCCUCUCACGUUGCCACAAACAAACCUCCAAAAGAAAUAAUUAUGGCCACAAAUAAGCUGUUUAUAGAAGCCCUAAAGCUGAAGUCCUGUUGGGCAGCAGGGGAUGGAGAUUCCUCUGUUCAAGUCGAGAGAUUAAAGGUCCCAGCCAAAUAUGGACCCAUCACUGCUGUGCAGCCACCACUCACUGCUGAAGCUGUCUCAAAGGGUGACUCUGUCUCUGGCCCACCUAAAGUCAUCCCAGCUGGCCGGGGCCACCAACCAACAUCCUCUGCAGUUACAGCUGCAGUUCCAGGGCCUCAGACGUCUUCUCCAUCUGUCAUGGUGGUAGCAAAGGUGGCGACCUCGGGAGCAGGGAGUGCUAAUGGUCAGCUACAGGUAACAAAAUCAGCUCUGAGCCAGGUAGCCUCCAUGAAGAAGGCAGCAACCCCGGGGAGGACUGUGGUGAUAACUGUACCCAGGACAGUAUCUCCAGUUGCUGGGGCCCCUCAACUGCCACUGACUGCUCCCUCACAACUCCCAGCCAAUAUCCAGAUACCACCAGGUAUGAUGUUGAUCCGCAGUGACAGUGGACAGCUGAUGCUUGUAUCCCAGCAGGCUUUGGCACAGGCUCAGCAGGGACCAAGAGUUGCCAGUGGUCAAGCACCCAGAAUUCUGGCCCAUCAGGUGUCUGCAGGAGUUGGAAGUAAAUGUAAUGAGAAGGUGACAGUGAUCAGGAUGGUGGCCCCUCCCAGUUUCCAGCCAGCACCAGUCCAGAAGACAGCUGUGGUAAAGGUUAUUGGUGCAUCUUCCAAAUCAACUGUAGUCCAGACCCUGGGUGCUAUAACUGAGCAGAGCAGCCAGCCUCGCAUUCAGGCGGCUGUCACAGAAACCGAAAAGGAGCCUCCAACCACAUUCAGUCAGGAGAUCCUGGAAAGUGUGAAAAAGUGCAAGAACUUCCUGGUAACUCUGAUCAAGCUGGCCUCUAGUGACUCCAGGUCUACCAACAUGGCUAACAACGUCAGGGGACUGGUCAGGAGUCUGCUGGAAGGGAAGCUAGAAGCAGAGGAGUUUACAGAGCAGCUCUAUCAUGAGUUAAAGUCGACUCCACAGCCGUGCUUGGUGCCUUUCCUCAAGAAAAGUCUUCCUGCAGUGCGUCACCUUACUGCAGACCCCCAGGUAUUUAUUCAGCAGGCUUCAGUUUCUGUCCGCAACCCCAAUACCCUGUCUUCCACCAUGAAGCAAUUUAUCACUGACACAGGACAAAACCUCAAGACCAGCCAGCAGGUUAUUGAGCAGCCCCGAGGAGUGAUUCUGAGACCUGGGUUGACUACAUUAGUCCAGUCCAGGAAUUACGUAUCUAAAAGCAGCAGACCCAAUCCCAAGCAAACAGUGGUCCAGUCAGGAAAACACUUCACAGGAACUUUUCAAAUGAAGCCGCCUUUCACUCAGGAUCCACCUUGUUCAACCAAAUUUCCAUUCAAGGGCUGUUCAGGAUCUUACAAAGAAGAUGAUGACAUUAAUGAUGUAGCCUUCAUGGCUGGAGUCAACCUGAUAGAGGAGAAUGCACAGAUCCUGACCACCAUGGUUGGCUCUGUGGUGCAGUCAUGCCACGAUCAGCCCUUCCUCUCACCUAACCCAGUGCUCAGCCGAAUCCUUCAUACAGGGCAUGCACUGGGAGUAACUGAUGUUGGUCCAGAGGUGGUUGCUCUGGUUUCUCAUGCUACUCAGGAGUGUCUCCGUGGACUACUGGAAAGGCUCACUGUGAUCGCAGAACACCGCAAGGCAACCCUGAAGGAGGACCUGUGGUAUGCCAAAGUUAGUGAUGUACGCUCUCAGCUUCGCUUCCUGGAGGAAGUGGAGAGUUUGAACAAAAAGAGGAAAGAUGAAGAGGAGAGAGAGAGACUGCUGCGUUUGGCCAGGAGUCGCUCACACACUGAGGAUCCACUGCAUCAGCAGCUCAAGCAAAGAGCCAAAGAGUUACAACAAACAGAAGAAGCUCAGGUGCAGCAAAGAGAGGCCAACCUCACCGCCCUGGCUGCCAUUGGGCCUCGCAGGAAGAGAUCUCUGGAGCAGACUGAAAGCCAGGUGUCGCUGCUGUCCAGACUGGGUGUUCACAGAGUGACUCGGCUGAUGCUGAGGGAUUUGCUGGUGUGUAUGGAGCAGGACCACUUCCUACGCCAUUCCCUUACUCUGUACAAAGCAAUGCUCUGAUUAGGUCAAUUUGCUAAAUAAUCAGUUUGUGUUUCCCAAGUUUUGGGAUGUUUUUUUUUUUUUUUUUUUUUUUUUUUUGCACUUUGUUUCAGUUCUAUCAAACAUCUCUAUCAUUAAUUUAGUAUAGUGCUGGAUCAGUGAUGGUAUUCAUCUGGUCUUUAAUAGCACUUACAGUUUUGGUUUUGAUGCUGAUUGUGUUUCUUUUGCGAAGAAAGGUUUCAUGUGCAAAACUAAUGAACCUGUGAGUAGGAUUUUAAAGAUAGGAUAGGAAAAGAAGUGCUUGUAGGAAACACUGCUGUCUGCUAAAAUGUCUACCUUUCACCGUUGAAAUUGUGCAAGAAGUGUAGUUGAGUUCUCAACUGGAUUUUGAGUUAUUCAUUAUUCUUCUUGGUUUUUGUU